GUAAGUAAAGUGUAGUUCGCGAUCGCGGCGUAAAUCAGAGCGGUUAUACGCGCCUCUGGCCGCUGCUGGUACACGGUAAUGCGCGAUCUAUUCGCGUCGCGCGUUCUUUCCUUCGCGAGCAGCUCUCUCCCGUUUUUCAUUCGCGCUCACGCGCGAAACUUUAUGGCGUUUAACUUUUGGCGAACGCGCAACUUCACCGGCGCCGUUACGCGCGCGUCACGGUUAAUAAAAAUUAACAGUGGUUUAUCUGUGUGAGCGCGCGCGCGCAUACACACAUACACGUCGUGUAUGCGCGUGUGCUCACGUGUGUACACGGGCGAUUUACUUAACGGCGAAGAGGCCGCCGGGAUUUUUCGUCCCCGAAAUCGUCGCGAUUAUAUACGGCGAGGUCGCCGCUCGCCGAGGAUUUUCGUAAAGGACGCAGUAAAACCGGCGCUCCCGCGCCGGGACUCGCCUUCGCGCAGCGGGAUACGCAUACGUCUUAUCCGAGAAGGACACCGCAAAUGGAUACGGGGUGAACCGCGAGAAAGCGCGGUCACACUCGGACGACUCUCGCCUCUGCGCGACUUCUCGGCCGGACGGUGGGGCGGGCGACGCGAUAAACUCGACUAAACUGCGCUCUGCGGCGAUGCUUUAUUGGCUUUUAUCGAGUUUUAACGCAAGCACCCGGAUUCCUUUAUGGAAACGCCGUUAAUUUUACGACGCGGGCAUAUUUAGCCCCGCCACGGCUUCUCGUAAAAUCAUACUUCGGCCGCGAUAAAGUUAAAACAUCGGCGGGAGGCGAUACUGAAACAAAGUUGGCCUCGUAAAUACGCCGGGCGAGUUGGACGGCUGCUUCGUAAUGUGAUAUACAACGGAACAAUAAUAAUUAGCGCCUUUAAUAUCUUCCGCGCCCCAACUAUUGGGGUGAAACGAAAAUCCGUCAAAAGAAAAAAAUCGUGAAACUCUUCUUUAUUCGUCUCAUUACUAAGAGCUCCUUCAGGCUGUCCUACCUCCCUCUCCCCUGAUCGCGUAGACAGAUAUCGUGUGGUAUUUCAUAGGUAAAAUUUCGACUCUACCAAUCUCGCGAAGAGAGACGGUUUCUAUGCCUCGACUGUAAUGGCAUCGGAUAACACAAAUACAAACGGACCAGCUGCGCAACGGUCUCUUGGCGGCGUAACGUCACGCAAGUGCGUCCCGCGUGUCGAAAGGUAGCGUAUCGGUGUAGGUGCUGAAUAAUGAAUGGCAACGUCGAGACAACUUGCUGGACCAGCGUCGACGACGUGGAUCAGCUCGGCGGUGUAUAUACGAGCGUGGGUUAGGAGACGCAGUUACAGCACGAGUUCCGGGUGAAGCGACAUGAAAAAUUAACGGGCUCGCGUUUUGACAUUGCGUCAAACUUUCGUUGUACGAGUGAUAGAUUGUUCUACGGCCGGUAGAUUAUUCCGUCGUGCGCGGCAGAGAGAAAGAGAAAAAGAAGCGAGAACAAGACAGAGAGAUAAAGAGAAAGAGAGAAAGAGAGAGAGAGAGGAGGGAGAGAGAGAAGGGAGUAGGAGUCGGUAAACGAAAGAUGGUUUUGGAUUUCUCGACUAACGACCGGCAGACAAAUUCGAAUUUUACGAGGGCCACCUCGUCUCACCGGGUAUUGUCAGCUACCCGUCGAGAGCUCGCGAACGAAUCGUCCGACCGCGCUGGAUAAGUAUUUCUCGCGAGAUUUAUCACCGUGUCAAAGAGUACAAAAGUAAUUUCGGCCGAUGACGCGGAUUGAAAUGUACGACGACCUUUCUCUCUCUCUUUCUCCCUCUCUUCUCUCUCCACCUCGUCUUCGACAUUGUUAAUCUGCGCUCGCGGCAAACACGGACGCGUGCGCGCGUGUGUGUGUGUGCAACAGUUACGAUAAUGAUAAUUUAAUUUCGCGCCGCCGGAGAAUCGAUGUCGCGCCUCCAAUUAACAUCUCGCGAAAUUCAGUAACAGCGCAAUGGAAAUCUCAAAUUUGUACAAAUAAUAGAUGAAAAUCCCCACUCUAUUAUUAUUGAUCUAUAUAUUGAUGAUUGAAAAAAUUAUUUUAACAAUGCGGGAAUCAACGAACAAUGAAAGAGGACCCUCGCGAAAUCAAAGAAAGAGACGCGUCCGCUCGCGAAGGAACGCUUCUCACGAGAAAACGGGCUAUAAUUUUCCGUCUGCGGUAGAAUUCUCCCCUCCCUUCCCCGUGAUUCGUAAUCCUCUCCGCUUUAACUCGCUCGUAUCCGCAACGUGUUGCAACCCGGUGUUGCUGCCGACAACGAGAAGCACGGGAGAGUGAGGGGGAUGGAAGGGAGGACGGGAGAACAGAAAGACGCACGACGAUGGGCAUCGCGAUAUUUCAUUCGGCGUACGAUCCCGCGAAUUCGCGUCCUCAAAGACUUCAAAGAGAUCUCUGCGAGUUACCGGAUGUCCGGCUGCUUGCGACACUGUACUCGCUUUGUGCACCAUUCUCCCGGGAGACAGAGAGAACGAGUGGGUGGGGAAGGGGGGAAGAGGAGGUGAAGAAGACGGGAGCAGACGCCAGAAGAACGACACGACGACGACGACGACGACGAAGAAGAAGAAGAGGGGAAGCUGAGAGCUUACCGCUCAGCGAGGUGCUCGAAUUCGUCCGAGGCUUGUCGGCUGGCAAGUACGACGUAAGUCACCUACUAAACUGGCGGAAGCCUAUGGAGAGAAGUGUGGGCACCGCUAAUCGGUUCACGAAUGUCGUCACAAUUGAAUUUUUCCCGGACGAGCUUUCGUACGGCGUGGGCCGUUCCGAGGCAGCCAAGAACUGAAUCCAGGAAACGGGACUGGACGACACGGGGGAGAGUAGCCGGAGCUUGUAG